AUGGCAUGCCAAGAUCUUCUUGCUGUUGUUGCACUUGUUUUCAUGGUUGUUGUUGGGGCAUUUGCUAUCGAAUCGUCACCUUCACCAGUCCCUUCCAAGGCAUCUUCACCUUCGAAGUCACCAUCUCCUUCUUCUCCGGCUUCUUCCCCCAAGUCCCCCUCCUUUAAGUCACCGUCACAAUCCUCUAAUGGCUCCUCUUUUUCACCAUCAAAGUCCGAAGAAGGAGUACCCAAUUCAUCUCAUCCUGGAUCCCUGAAUAGCUCUCCAAGCUCUUCUUCCCCUAGCUCUACUUAUCUGGUUUUUGGUGGGUCAUCCACAUUACUGAUAGCUUGUUUGCAAACUGUUACUGUUGGUUUAUCCACACUAAGCUACGGCUCUUAA